AUGGCAGGUCAAGUGGGCGGUGUUUUAUCAGGAGCUAAUCCGUUUCAUUAUAACUCAAGCUCUCCCUUAACAUUAUUUUUAUUCCAAACAUGCUUGAUCCUAGCGACUUGUAACCUUUUGCAUCUUUUCUUUGGAAAAUUACGUCAACCAAAAGUUAUUUCUGAAGUCAUUGCAGGUAUAAUAUUGGGUCCAACAGUAUUUGGUCAAAUACCAAAUUAUACAGAAACUGUAUUUCCUAAAUCCUCAAUCCCCGGCUUAAACCUUACAGCUAAUUUAGGUAUUAUCCUUUUCAUGUUUUUCUUAGGGUUAGAAGUUGAUACAGCGUUUAUGAAAAGACAUAUGAAGACUGCUCUAUCCAUGGGUUUAGCUACCCUAGCUAUACCAUUUGGAUUUGGUUGUCUUUUAGCAAUUCCGUUGUAUCAUAAUUAUUCUAAUAAAAUUGAUUCAGGAAGAGAAGUUAAAUUUACUGUCUUUAUGGUGUUUAUUGCCGUUUCGAUGGCUGUCACUGCAUUCCCUGUACUGUGUAGAAUACUUAAUGAAUUACGUUUAAUAAAAGAUAGAGCUGGGAUUGUUGUAUUGGGAGCUGGAAUUAUUAACGAUAUCUUAGGUUGGGUGUUAUUAGCUUUAAGUGUCAUUUUAUCAAAUUCUGAAUCAAGUCCAGUCAAUACUGUGUACAUAUUAUUAUGCACAUUUGGUUGGUUCUUGGUUUAUUUCUAUCCUUUGAAAUAUGCUUUGAGAUGGAUUCUAAUAAGAACCCAUGAAUUGGAUAGAAAUAAACCUUCUACUUUUGCCACUAUGAGUGUCUUGUUUAUUAUGUUUAUAUCUGCUUAUUUUACAGAUAUUAUUGGUGUACAUGCAAUAUUUGGUGCAUUCAUUGCAGGACUUGUAGUCCCCAGGGAGAAUCAUUACGUCGUUAAACUUACUGAAAGAAUGGAAGAUAUUCCAAAUAUUGUAUUCAUACCAAUAUAUUUCGCUGUUGCAGGUUUAAAUGUCGAUUUAACUCUUUUAAAUGAGGGGAAAGAUUGGGGUUAUAUUUUUGCAAGUAUUGGGAUUGCUAUUGCUAGUAAAGUAUUUUCAGGUGCAAUUGUGGCGAAAUUACAUGGUUUAUUUUAUAGAGAAUCUUUGGCAGUAGGAAUUUUAAUGUCUUGUAAAGGUAUUGUGGAAAUUGUUGUUUUGACAGUUGGUUUGAAUGCAGAAAUUAUUAGUAAGAAAAUAUUCGCAAUGUUUAUUCUAAUGGCUUUGGUAUCAACCUUUGCUACUACUCCUUUAACUCAAUUAGCAUACACAGAAUCGUAUAGAAAGGAAUUAAACAAGACUUUGGCAAAAAGAGAUACAGAGAAUGGAAUAGAAGAAACAACGGAGGAGUCAGAAUUGGAUCUUAAAGAAGAACAUUUGGCUAAUACACUUUCCUCCUUUGAAGAUUUGAAAUCAUUUCAUGUUACAGAAGUGGUAACAGUAUUAAACACUACAGAUGCUAUAUCGACUUCCCUGGAAUUCUUAAAUUAUUUGAUAUAUGAUAAUACUCAUGAUCAAUCCAAAUUUAUCAGUGCUCAAAGAACAAGAGUAUUAAGUAAUAGUUCAAGUCAUUCUACAUUAAGAACAAAGACUAAGAGAUUAAAGCGUUUUUUGUCCAAGAAUACUACUUCUACUAUUGAUGAUAAUGAGACAGGUCUUACUGUCAUUGAAGAAGAUGAUCUGGGUUUUGAUUUUUUGGUACCAUUAAAUGUUAUUCAUUUGAGACUACUGACUGAAAGAACAACAGAUUUAUUACAAUCUUCAACUCUUUAUAAUGAAGAAUCUCAUUUCACACCAAAUUCAGAUUCAAUUAUAGGUAUCUUUGAUAUAUUUUCUCGUUUAGGAAAAGUUCCAUUUUCAAGUGAAGUUAUUUUUUCAACAAUUAGAGAAAAAGCAUUAAACAUUAAAUCUUCUAAUAUCAAAGAGGGAAACUUGGUCUUACUUCCUUUAAAAGGUGCACUUUAUGAGUAUAAAGGAUCGAUUGCAUUGAAUGAUGAAAAAUAUCAGAAUUUCAAUCAUAUUUAUUCUCAUUUAUUAGGCAUCAAUGAACUACCAUAUAAUUUCUUCAACACAUUAACAAAUCUGAAUGCAAAUCUGGCAAUGUUGAUUUCGAAUACAAGUAGUAAAAUGAAUGUCAAUAGAUUUUCUUCUAGAUAUUUUACUUUGGUCUUACCAAAUGAAAAUUUUACUUCUUCUGAUUUUUUGGCUUUGUAUAUUUUCCUGUUAAUAUUUUACAGAAAUAGAAACAAACAAAUUAAUAACAAAAGUACAAUAUUUGUGAAUGAGAAGAAUUCUGGUCUUACUGACACGUUAUUCACAACUUUUCAGAAUUAUGAAUGGAUGAAUGAAGAAUACGUCGAAAUUAUUUACGUCAAGACCGAACAUAAAACAGUCAAUGGUAUUAUUGGCACGUCUUUUGUUGAAAGUAUUAUAGAAAAUAAUCUUUCAAUAGAGGCGAAAGAACGUUUAGAAGAAACGACAUUCAUUAUGGCCGAGCCAUAUUUCCAGUCAACAGAACCAUUUUCUGAUGAGGUGAAGUCUGCAAUAUUAGAGGGUGCUAAUUUAAGAUUUGACGUUUUAGUCGUGCACCAUUAUACCUGUAAUAUUCGAAAGGAUAUCACACCAACUGAAUCUGAUAAAGAAGUUGGCGGUAGUGCCACCUGA